GUGCGUGUGUGUGAGCGUGUGUGUGUGUGUGUGUGUCUGUGUUUACAGGGAGCGGGACAGUAGACUUUGAUGAGUUCCUAGUCAUGAUGGUGCGUUGCAUGAAGGAGGAAAGCAAAGGAAAAUCUGAGGAAGAGUUGGGCGAACUUUUCCGCGUGUUUGACAAAAAUGGAGAUGGCUACAUUGAUUUGGAGGAGCUGAAGACCAUUCUGGAGUCGACUGGAGAGGCCAUCACUGAGGAUGACAUUGAAGAACUCAUGAAGGAUGGAGACAAAAACAAUGAUGGAAAAAUUGAUUAUGAUGAGUUCCUGGAAUUUAUGAAGGGGGUUGAGUAAAGGACUCAAAACUCAUGGACCUUCAGACCGGGAAAAUACUCAUACCUCCUCUUAGCUCUGACACUCCGUCACACCAUUGCCUGAACAAGUUGGAAAACAUUGAAAUAAAAGCCACUUUCUGCUCGGCUCCAUCUACCACUAAACACAUGCAUCCAUCCUCAAUGUGUAUCGGCCUUGGUUGACAUCUUGUAUGUGGUCCAGUUUUUAUCCAAAGCACUAUCAUCCCCUUCAUUUAGGGACCUUAAAGACAAGGGGUCUUGUUAUGUCCUUCAAGUGAAUUUCUUAAAUAUAAAUGUAUUUAAUCCCCAAUAAUCCUAGAUUAUUCUAUUCAAAAUCUUAACAAAUGGGAGUAAACACUAUACUCCACAAUACUGUAU